GACAUGAUCUUCUCAGAGAACAAAAAUGGGAACUGCGUAUGCAAAUAUAUCUUAGGACAAACUUUAACAAGCUUCUAACAUCAUUUUUGACUGGUCACAUGGUACUCUGACCAGCUCUGAAAACAGAACCCAGAAGAGGCUGGAGAAGGAAAUGAGAGGAGCCCAGAAGGCAGAUGAGAGCACAGCACGUGGGGGCGGGGGUGCUGCUCUGUGGGAACAGGCUCCAGCCUCAGGCCCAGUCUCUGCCCUCCGCCAGGCCCCGUACCAAAGAGAUGUCCCAGGGGGUUGUGGGGCUGCCUGUGGCUCUCCUCCUUCUCUGCAUCCCAGGCUGCCUGCCUCUGAUCUGCUCCAGCCCCGUGAUGGGCACUGUGGGGGAAUCCCUGAGUGUGCAGUGUUGGUAUGAACAGAAAUAUAAGAUGUUUAAGAAAUACUGGUGCAGACAACCCUGCUUGCCACUUUGGCAUCAAGUUGUGGAGACCAGAGGGUCUGAUGGAGAGGUGAGGAGUGGCCGAGUGUCCAUCACAGACCAUUCUGGGAAUCUCACCUUCACCGUGACCAUGGAGAACCUCACGGCAGAUGACGAGGGCAAAUACAGAUGUGGGAUUGCGACGAUCCUGAAGGAAGAGGGGUUCCACGGCUUCCUCCCGGACCUCUUCUUCCAGGUUCAGGUGCUUGUUUCCCCAGCCUUCAGCACUGAGAGCUCUGCAAGGGCACCUGGGUCUCCCAGGAGCAACAGAUCAAGCCAACGCCAAGGGUCCCUGCUCGGCAGCGUCCAUUUCCUGCUCCUGGUCUUCCUGAAGGUGCCUGUCUUCCUGAGCAUGCUGGGUGCUGUCCUCUGGGUGAGCAGGCCCCAGAGGGCUCCGUGGACAGAGUCAGCCUGACCAAGUCAAGCGGAGCUCCCACACAGGUUGGCACCCUAACCAGAGGCACAGACCCUCAGACUGUGCAGAAGGAAACCCUGACCCUGAACUUCAUACUCCAUUUUAUUGAUGGAUACUUUUUUAAAACCUUAAAAUUAAAAAAAAACCAUAAUCCUGUAC